AUGUCACUUGUGGCUUCGACCACUGAUUUGCCAUUUCGUCAAAGUGUUGCAAAAAUUCCAGCGAAACGAACAACUCAGGACUUGACUAUAAUUAAUGCUUAUUUAAAACAUUUGGAAGCAUUAUCAAUACUACGGGAAUCACAUAUUCGAAAUUUAUGCAAGACAAUUCGCUAUGAAAAAUAUGACGCCCAUCAUAUUCUAUUCAGUCGUGGUGAAUUGAAUACCUGCUGGUAUAUACUUUUAUCUGGCUCUGUUUUUAUCGAGUCUACACUGUAUUUACCACGAGCAAGUUUUGGUAAACGAACUCCGCGUAAUCAAUAUCGAACGAAUGAAUGUGUUAUGUUAGAAUCAUCAGAAUUACUCAUAAUUGAUUAUCCAACACCAAAUAAAGAGUCAGCGAUGCGAGUCGAUAGUGAAAAUAAUCAAGAACAAGCAAUAGCAACAAUAGUUGACGACGACGAAGAACAGCUGACAACAACACUUCAUCGAAAGAAAAGUUCACGUAUUCGACAGCGUUCGGUAACAGGCAGUAAUGCAAACGAUAUGCAUUCACCUAUGAUUCGCAGUUCACAUUCACGUGCAAGUGACACAUCUAGCGCCUACUCUGGAUCAGAUAUCAUGCAGUCAUCCGCCAACGGAGAUGAUUGCCAGUUGACUAAUAACGAAGAAAAUAAUGAAACUGACGCUGAAUCUGAAACAUCAUCAGAGUCAUUUCCUAUUUAUGAUUUCAUACGAGAAUCUUUAAUGAAAGAAGCCCAUGAAAGAACAGAUGAUGAUAUUGAAAGUAUUCUAGAAUUUCUUGUCCAUUUCCCAGCAUUUGCUGAUUUAACUUUACGUGUUCGACGUGAACUAUGCAAAGUACUUGUUUAUGCUCAUAUUGAAAAAGCGAAUACCGUUGUCAUGAAUGACGGUGAACGCUAUGAUUCGUGGUCCGUUAUUAUAAAUGGUACUAUUGAUAAUGAAACAAUCGAUGGACAAUUAAUACGUACAUAUACUGUUGGAGAAGGGUUUGGCUGUGGUCCAACGUUAGAUCAAUAUUGUCAUAAAGGGAUUAUGAAAACACACGUUGAUAAUUGUGAAUUCGUUGUUGCAGCACAAAAUGAUUAUUAUGCAAUAUUAAAUCAAGAUGAGAAAAAUAUUCGAAUUGAAGAAAGCGGAAAAGUGGUGAUGAUUAAAGAAGUUCGUGUCGACAAUGAAGAACAAAGAAUUCCUAGAGAAAUUGUCAUCAAGGCAACAAAAGAAAAACUACUCGAUUUACUAGUGGACGAACGUCAAUUAAUUGAUGAUCCCAGUUUCGUUGAAGAUUUUCUUCUUACUUAUCGGACAUUCAUCAAGGAUCCAAUAAUAAUAACAAACAAACUAUUUGACUAUUUGCUUGAUAGCAAUGAUCCAGCAUCAUCUGAACACAUCACACGUGUUGUUUUAUCAUGGGUUAAUAGUCAUUAUAACGAUUUUGAGUCGAACCCAAAAUUGAGUGAAUUUCUUGAAAAAUUUGACGACUAUUUACAACAUCGUGCUCCUGAAUCUUUGCGAUCCUGGAGACAUACAUUCAAUUUAGUUUGCUAUACAAAAUCUAGCAUACGUACAAUCACUAUAACACGAUCAACACGCGAUGAUAUAUUAAAUUUCGAAAUACUUGGAGGAAGUGAUACAUUAGCAAAUAAUGGAAUAUUUGUUUCGAAAAUUGAACGGCAUUCUAAAGCUUAUGAAGUUGGCUUACGACGAGGUGAUCAGAUUCUUAGUGUGAACGGACAAUCGUUUGAUUAUCUGACAAAUACUCGUGCAUGGGAAAUUCUUCGAAGUACAACUCAUCUAUCAUUAAUAGUGAAGAAUAAUCUUCUAGGCCUGAAUGAAAUCGAUAAUCCAGAGAAAUCACCUGCUCGUAAGAAACGUCAUGAUGUGUCCGCUUAUGAACAAGAAAUUCGAAAUAAAUUAAAUAGCUCAUCACCGAUACGUUCUCACUUAACAACACCACAAUCAUCGCCUAGCCUACCGGUUAGUCCAACGGAUUCUCAUCAUCAAUCUCGACUACCAUUAAUAUCAAUCACUCCAACAAAAAAUAAUCAAACAAAUUCGGAAAAAUCAAAACCACGUCCACUAACGAAACGGAUGGGUUUAAAACGAGCCGUUAUGCAAAAAUUGAAGAUUACAAAAAAUAACAGGUAA